CUUUUGUUGAUUUUUAAAGAAAAUAAUUUGUUUGUCGUCAUACAAAAGAGGUCUGGAUGUACCAUUUCUGUGCUGGCACAGGACCUGUGGUGCUUGGUGCUAGGAGCCGAAGCCCCUAACUUUAUGCUCUGCACCCUCAGCUCCUGGGUCUCCACAUGGUCUACUGUGGCCUUGGAGUUCCAGCCAUCAUGUCUGUGUUCCAGGCAACAAGAAGGAGAAAAGCUGGAGAAGCAGCUCUGUGUUCACUUCCAGAUCAAUCAGCCCUCUCUAAAGAGCUUUCCUCAGAGUCCCUCUACCCGGGGACAUCAGCUUGCUUCUCACUGGCUGCCUUUAUCCACAAGGCAGGCUGGGAAAUACAGUGUUUUAAACUGCUGCUCUCUCGCCCAUACUACCCCAUAAUAUGAGAGCUUGGCUAAUAAAGGGGGAGCGGUUAUUAAGAGACAGUGAAGCCAGGCACAGUGGUGCUCACCUGUAAUCCUGGCAUUCAGAAGGCUGAGGCAGGAGGAGCCUGAGUUCAAGGUUGUCCUGAAGUAUGUUUUGAGACACCCCCACCACCAAAAGACAAAUUUACCAACCAGAUUAAAUGUUGUCCAUUAAAUAUUUACAAAUAUUUGUGUUCUGUGUACAUUUUAGUUGUUUGCUUAUUUAGCCAAUUGUAGCUCUGGUGAUUUCUUGAUCAAGUGGAAUGGAAGACAGACAGAUGAUAGAUAAACAUGUUUCAAGCAUGUUAACUCUUACUGGCUGUAAAUACUGCAUCCAUCUUGCUACCCUCUUCAUCUUUCAUGGAUUUUUGCUGUUUUGGAAGUGAGCUUUCUAGAGAUUUCAUCUAUAUUUAUAAGGCUGAGUCCCAUCUGUCGCCUGAGACUUUUUCCAUCCGUCCCAAGCCCCGCCUCCGGAGCUCUGGGCAGUGGUGCGGCCAGCGUCUACGUCUAGUUCCCAGUGGAGGCCUCUAACAUCUAACACGGGGGUGGAAAGGGGGGACGCCCCGUCCACCUGGGUCUUCACCUUCAGUGCUUCUUCCCUCCUGUACGAUGAGGCAGGAAGUCCCCCUUCGGACUUCCGGUUUUCUCCACUGGGAUUGAACCAGCCCUCCCGAGAGUCCAUGCAGCGGAAGUGCUGUCCGCGCAAGCUCAUGCUCCCCCUCCCCGCCGAGCUCCUGCAGAAUCCAGAUCUCUGCCUCUGGGAAUCGAAAACUGUCUUUUUUUUUUUUUUUUUAAAGCUUACCUGUGAGCAGUUUCAGCACCAGAUGUGCAGGGCGUGCCUAAAGGUGGACAAACAGUUGGAAAUUUUGCAAAUGGGACAAGAUCGGAAGCGGGCAAAGAUACCUGAGCAGCCCACACCCCCUAUUCAGGAAGAGCCGGAGCCCAUCAGCAAGGUGCUACAGGGAGAUGACAUUCUCGCCUUGGCCAUAAAGAAGGAAGACUUGCAGAAGCAACACGUUCCUCGCCUUACUGAAGACAGCCCGGCCAUUAUCCAGAAAUUUUUCAUCCGUAAGCUCAAACCGAAGGAUUCUCGGAGAAAGAUCCGCCACUUGGUAGCGCAUCCCGCGAAGCCAGAAGCGGCUGCAAAGCCCCUGGACUACUCGGGUCCUGGUGACAGCUUCAAUGGCCCUGACCAGAUCCUGCCUCACCACAUUUUGGGAACUCUCCAGGACUUUAAGAGGAUUGCAGUUGCUCGAGGGAACACCCAGCUGGCCGAGCUGAUCCGUGUUCCACCCUGCCUUGUGACCCUCAUCUCAGCUGGAGAAGAACCAACGCCAAAGGCCCCGAAGCGGGAGAAGAGGCUCCCCCGGGCCCCGCCACCUCAGCACAACUUUCUGAAACACUGGCAGCGGCAUGUGGCCCUGCAGAAGAAGCAGCAGGAAGCCCUCAGCAAACACCUGAAGAAGCCGGUCAGCCAGCUGCUGAUGCACUCGGGGGAGACCUACAGGCGGAUCCAGGAGGAACGGGAGCUCAUCGACCGCUUCCUGCCGACCGGGCAUGAUGGGAAAGAUUACAAGGAGACCAGUGCAUUCUGGAGUCCCCUGGAAUACUUGGGAGGGGAGAAGACGGGUUUGGUCAUCACCAAGACAAAAACUCAGCGUGGCCUCGCAGAGCCCGUUGCCUGCAUCAGGAAGCCGCGUUCCAUCCAGGCGGAAAUGGGAUUAUCUGCCCCAGAGGACACCUGGCACCACCGCGCCUGGGACCGGAGUCUCUUUCUGAUCUACCGGCGCAGGGAGCUGCAGAGCCUCAUGGCCGAGCUGGAUUUUAGCCAGAGGGGUAUUGACUGCCUGGAGGUGGUGGGCCGAGGGCAGCCGUUCUCAUCCGUCACAGUGGAGGACAGCGCCGUGUUUGAGAAGAGCCAGGAGAGCGUCUCGGAAGACACAGCCUGCCAAGACUUCUGGGCUGGUCCCGGCGAUGCGGCCCUCAUGCCCAUUCUCGGACCUUCUCUGCUGUUCUGCGGGAAGCCGGCUUGCUGGAUCAGAGGCCGCAACUCACAGGACAAGAGCCAGGUCGGAAUUGGGGUACGCUUGACCUUUGAAACCCUCGAAGGGCAGAAGACGUCCUCAGAACUGACUGUGGUCAAUAAUGGCACGGUGGCCAUUGGGUAUGACUGGCGGCGGCGGCCUCAGCUGGACUCUUUCCAGGACUUGAAGAGAAUCAGGACUCAGCAGUUCUAUUUCAACAACCGGGAAGGUGUGAUUCUGCCCGGAGAAACAAAAACCUUUACCUUCUUCUUCAAGUCUUUGAAUGCCGGGAUCUUCAGGGAGUCUUGGGAGUUCCGAACCCACCCCACCCUCCUGGGCGGUGCCCUCCUGCUGGUCACCCUGCAGGCAGUGUCCCUGACCCAGGACAUUUUCAGGGAUGAGAGGAAGUUGCUUGAGAGCAAGCUGGCUGCCCACGAGUCAGUCACCAUCGUGCACAGCGUACUGCAGGAGCUGCUGAGGGGGAUCCUGACCCCAGAGCGCACGCCGUCCCCUGUGGAUGCCUACGUGACGGAGGAGGACUUGUUUCACCACAGGAACCCUGGGCUGCAUUACCAGCACCAGGCGGUACAAAGUCUGCACCAGCUGUGGCACCAGUACAUGAUCCUGCCCCUCAAGGACAGGGAGCCCCGCCUCAGCCAGGAGGAGCCCCUGAGCUCCAGGAUCCAGGCAGUCUCUGUGGAGAAGGUCCCAGCAAAUCCUGAGCACUUUAAGAAUCCCGUUUCAGAGCUCCAGCUGCCCCGGCCAGAGAGCAAGACCCUCAGGGAUCCCCGAGAGCCCCUCCCAUCCCAGAAGUCUGCAGCAGGAGCCAAGAAUUCCCCACGCAAGAGCAUCAUGGAGGAGAUCCUGGUGGAGGAGAACCCAGACUUGGAAAGCUCCAGGAGCCGCUCAGAGCCGGAUGGCCUGUCCCUGUCCGAGUGGAACCUCUGCCUGGGCGACUUCAGAAAGGCCGUGAUGGCUCUCCCCGAGGGGCAUGAGAAAGAGGACGCGCUCAUCAGGCUCAACAGGGCAGUCCUGGAGCUGUGCCCAGAGCAGAGGCCGCUGCCGCCUGACCUCCUGUACCAGCUGUGUUUGCAGCUGUGGCGAGAUGUGAUCGACAGCCUCGUGAGCCAUUCCCUGUGGCUGAGGAUGGUGCUGGGCCUCCCGGAGAAGGAGACCAUCUACGUGUUUGCCCCAGAAGAGCAAGAUCAGAAAUCUCUUCCCACCAUGGAAAUGAAGGUGACAGCCGGGAGAGUUGGGAAGGAGGAGCGGAAAGGGGCACCCCAGGAAAAGAGGCCAGGGGGAAUCAGAGACAAAGAGGACAAAAAAGGAACCAAGACGCCCGUGAAAGAGGAGCGUGUGAACAGCAAGAAGCAGAAGGCGAAGGAGGACAAGAAAGUAGUAAAGUCUACAAGUCACGACAGGCUUUCCUCAGAAGACCCCACGCCUGACGGCACCACGGCGUCCCAGGAGCCCACCGACCCUCUGGUCAUGGAGAAAUACAUGCAGCGGCUGUACACCGAGGUCUACGGGCUGCUGGACACGCUGGUGACCAACCUGAUGGUGCUGGCUGACCAGCUGAGCCCCGGGGGGGAUGUUGAGGAACAGCUGCAUGUCUAGCUGCCUCGGGCCAAGCCACCCCCUGGGUCACAAAGACGACAUUAAAGAGGUUUGUAGCACUUGCGCUGUGCCUGUGUCUUAGGUGCUGGACGUCCACAGGCUCAGUCACUGCCCAGGUCGUCGCAGUGUCUGGAGCCGCCCCCACCUGGGCAGGUGACGGGAGAAGGACGAGGAGGGAGUUGGUGGCAGGAC